AUGCUGUCCCACAAUCAGGUGCAGCGCUUGUCAAAGGAAAUUGCGAGCACGAAGCAAUCAUUGAAGCGAUUGCGUCGUGCAGUUUCCAACCUGUUUUUGACAGCUCGGCAGAUUACAAUUGUCUUGGCCGUUUACAUGCUGUCGGAGUAUGACAUCGGGGUAGCUCGGGCUUAUGUUCGUUUCGUCCACUGUCAAAAGCGGACCAAUGCUGAUGCACACACUGAAUACACUGAUGCCACACUGGAUGCCCGCAUUGAAAACUGGUAUCUCGAAGCCGCUCUAGACAAACUGGUGAAGCUUCAAGACCCUGGUCCAGUACGUCGGGAAGCUGUUGUGAAGGUUUUGGAGUGGGUUUCGUGGCUUCGAAGCAGAGUUCCGGCAGGCAAACAGGCCGUCUUUAUUAAUGUGGACGAAACUAGCAUAUCUCUGGCGCGGCCAGACCUCAAGGGCAAUAUCGUGCCCGGAAAGUGCUCCUUGCAGCAGAAGGGAAAGCGUACAAGGGGUGCCUUGACCCACGUGGCCAGCAUUUGCAACCGAUCCGACAUCCAGCCGUGUCUUCCGCAAGUGAUUUUGAGCAACACACGUGUUGUGAGUCAGAAGCUGGCCAAAUCGUUGUUGCCCCUGCAGCCGGAAACAGUGCGAUUGGUACGGGGCAAGACUGGCUGGAGUACAGCUGCUUCCUUCGUAGAGUAUUUGAAAAUGCUUCGAGACGCACUAUCACUGUGGCCAGAGAUUCAACCCAUCCUCGUGAUGGAUUGUGCUCCAGCCCAUCUUGCUGACAGCGUGAUAGAAGCUGCCAAUAAUCAAGGUUUUUUUACAGCUGUUUGCCCCGCCGGCCUGACGCCUCUGCUCCAACCGCUAGAUGUAUAUUGUUUCCAGGGGUACAAGCACUAUUUGGCAGAGAAAACCAGAGAUGCAGUAGACUUGUCCAUGUCUUCACGGAUGCAAAUUUUGUUUGGAGCCUGCACGACUUACUUGAGUCGUCGGAGUUGGAAGUCUGCUUUUGGCCGGCUUCAACUAACAGAUGAGCAAACGCCUGUAACUCGGGGCCUGCAGGAUGUAUUUCCUGCCGGUUUGCCAACGUUGGACCCGCAGAUGCCCACCCAUGAAGAUCUUGAGGACCUUUUCCCGUCUCGCCGUACACUGAAUCACAGUGAGUGGAUUCGUGUUCCACUUCGCGCGGGAAGACUGCGACUUCGUGUGUAG